UUCAGCAGGAAAGAAAACGUGUUUAGUUGGACAUUAUUUCAUUAUUUUAAUGUUUGCUUAUUAUUUGUGCUAGAAUCGCUCAAAAUGGAUAUAGUUAAAGAAGUUCUGCAGAAGCAGAAAAAAGAUUUGGAAAAAUAUAAACCAAUAACAGUGCAAAAACACCUCGAAGCCGUACUCGAUGAGGGGCACCUGAUGGUUACGGAUCCAAACUACUUCGACGAUGAUAAGUUCAAAGCCGACAUAGAGCAGUACCUGCUCGACUUGACCAGAGACAACGUACAGCUGUUGAUUAACAGCAUUUGGGAACUGCCAACGGAACGCGAAGAAGAAUUUGUUGUUGCUAAGUUGCCGCCAGCCCGGAUGGCGUUGCCUCGAGCUCGUAAGCUUCCGGUACCAAAACCACUGACCAAAUGGGAAGAGAUUGCCAAGGCCAAAGGCAUCAAAAAGCGAACCCGCGAUAAGAAGGUCUACGAUGAGGUAUUGGACAAAUGGGUACCAACCUACGGAUACCAGCGUUUCAAGGCAGAAAAGGAGAAGGAUUGGGUCUUAGAGGUUCCCCAGAAUGCCGACCCCAACAAGGACAUGUUCCAGGAGAAACGUGAUUUGAGAAUCGAGAGGAUAGCAAAGAAUGAAAUCUCCCGUAUGAGAAACAUUGCCCGGGCGAAAAAGAUUCAAACACUGCGAACCGGUUUUCUGGGACCGGAAUCGGCUUCCGCUAAAGAGCUCGUCACAGCGGCCAACAUUGCUAAAGCAUCGACCGCAUCGGUUGGCGUUUUUCAGGAGAAACUAAGCAACGAGAAACAAGCUCGUGGAAUCGGUGUGAAGGAAUUGAUGCCCGGUAAAAAGCGGAAGCGAGAUCCCAUUACGAUUCCUGGCGAGAAGAAACGAAACAUUGAAAUCAUCAACAAGGUCCUCAACAAGAAGCCGAAGAUCGACUUGGAGAAAGCUAUUUCCCUGCAAAAGGCGGAAGCCAGGACAGAGAGAGAAUCGGCCGCAGCAGAGGAAGGAGGAAAGAAGAAAAGGAAGGGCAAGGGUGGUAAGGGAGGCAAGGGCUUCGGACGAAAGAAGCCAAAGGGUGGACAAGGGAAGCGGAAUCACAGUAAACGGGACGUCGGGCGUAAGAGGCGAUAAGUGGACAUUUAGAGCGUAAGGUAAUCGUGGAAAAAUUCAAUAUAAUAGUUUACAUUGA